UUUUUUUUCUUAACAGUUUCCACCAACUUUAGAAAUAUGUUUUGUUCCUAAAACUGAACAUGCUUCUCAAUUUCCUGGAAUAUUUGUCUUCUCAAAUCCAUCACGAAUGAUGAGACCUGUUAAAAAUAUUAAAUUUCAUAGAGAUGAACUUAUUGGAACAAUGGAGCAAGUUUAUUUACAAGUUGCAUUGAAUUUCAGUGGUGUUAUUCCAGAAGUAACUUGUCAUCAAGAAAUUGCUUCUACCAAUAUACUUAGUAUACUUGCUAAUCAGAUUCCUUUCUCUGAUCACAAUCAAAGUCCUAGAAAUAUGUAUGAAUGUCAAAUGGGCAAACAAACAAUGGGUACUCCUUGUCUUACCCUUAAAUACAGAUCUGACAACAAACUAUAUCAUUUACAAACACCUCAAUCUCCUAUUGUUAGACCCAAAAAACAUGACUAUUAUCAUAUGGAUGAUUACCCUUUGGGAACUAAUGCUAUUGUUGCUGUGAUAUCUUACACUGGUUUUGAUAUGGAAGAUGCUAUUGUUCUAAACAAAUCUUCUGUUGAGAGAGGAUUUAAACGAGGAAAUAUAUUUAAAUCUCAAAUAAUUAAUUUACGUGUUAUUGCUGGUGAUCGGGGCAGCCGGAAGACUUUGGCUUUUGGUAGAAAAAAUGAUGAAGAUUCUAAAUUUAUUGAUGCAGAUGGUUUACCGUAUGUUGGUACAAGAUUGAAAUAUGGUGAUCCAAUAUGCAGUUAUAUUGAUACUAACACAGGAGACGGAGUAUCUGUAAAAUACAAGACCAUGGAAGAAGCAUAUGUUCAUGAUGUGAAGCUCUUGGGAAAUGAUGAUGGUACAGAUACAAAACAACAAAUUUGUAUUAAAUUCCGCGUACCUCGUAAUCCAAUAAUAGGUGAUAAGUUUGCUAGUAGACAUGGGCAAAAAGGGAUAUGCAGUAUAAUGAUACCAACAGAGAAUAUGCCUUUCACAGAUGGUGGAAUGGUUCCAGAUAUUAUAUUUAAUCCUCACGGUUUUCCUUCUCGUAUGACCAUAGGUAUGAUGAUUGAAAGCAUGGCUGGUAAAGCUGGCGCAUUAAGUGGUAAAAUUUAUGAUGCAACUCCAUUUACAUAUUCAGAAGAUCGACCUGCAUGGCAGUAUUUUUCAGAAUGCUUAAAAAAGGCUGGCUAUGAUUAUUAUGGAACUGAGCGAAUGUACAGUGGUGUAGAUGGACGGGAACUCGAGGCUGAUAUUUUCUUUGGAGUUGUAUAUUAUCAAAGAUUAAGGCAUAUGGUUGCUGAUAAGUAUCAGGUUCGGACAACUGGUCCACUAGAAUCUCUAACUCGUCAACCAGUGAAAGGCCGUAAGAGAGAUGGUGGUAUUAGAUUUGGAGAGAUGGAACGAGACUCUCUGAUUGCUCAUGGAGCAUCCAUACUUUUGUUUGACAGACUUUAUAGCUGCUCUGAUGCUGCUCAACAAUAUGUCUGCACAAAAUGUGGAAAUAUACUAUCAGUACUGUGUGAAAAGCAAGAAAGUUGUUUCACUCCAGUGGACUGUUUACCAAGUGAGCAUAUUUGCAAACUUUGUGAAACAGGUGAAAAUGUUGUACUUAUAGAGCUUCCCUUCGUUUUUCGUUAUCUGUGUGCUGAAUUAGCUGCAAUGAACAUUAGUAUUCAUUUAAAAAUUGGAAAGUUUGGAGAAUGAAAAUUUUCCACCCAUUCUUAAAAAAUAUAAUUUAUUCCUAUUGUGUCAUUUUGUGUACAAGUGUUAAUUUGUAUAUAAUAAAAUAUUUGCAUUAUAUAUUGCA